GGCCCUUCGCGGAGAGGCCCACCGCCCAAGAAUCAUGGUUCAUGUAAGCGCUACCUGCGGGCAGUAACGAGAAAGCAUCCGCGAUGGUCAAAAUGCAGGUCAGUACAUGGUUGUCGAAGCCAGUAUCCUCGAUCGAUGGCCAGAAGUUGUAUGCAGCCCGCUUGGGACAGUGGAAAAGAAAGACUCAAACCCAGCAGACGAAGUACGGACGAUUCAUGAUUUAUCAUUUCCCAGAGACGCGAUCGAGUACCUCGCCCACCGAGGUCAUGCCGGGAAUAUAUGCAUACUAA